UGUUCCUCCAUCCGCUCGCCAAGAACUUGCAUGAUGACAACAGGUGGUGCAGGAGCAAGCAAUGACAAUUCGCCGAAGAAAAAAGGCUGGCCAAAGGGGCGCAAGCGCAGACUCCUUCCCAAGGAUUCCAAUGCUCCAAAAGGACCUUUGUCAGGUUAUAUGCUGUUCAUGGGUGACCAGCGAGAGAUUAUAAGGCAGACAAACCCAGGGUUGGCUUUUCAUGAGAUAACAAAAUUGGUUGCUCAGCGCUGGGCCCAGUUGGAUGCAGAGUCAAAAACAAAGUAUUUGGAAGCUGCAGAGGCUGAUAAAGAAAGAUACCAGAAGGAACUGGAGGAGUAUCAAAAAACUGAUGCCUACAAGAACUUCAUUAUGAAACAGAACAAGGAGGAGACUCCAACGCCCCCUAAGAAACCGAGGAAGGAGGUGGUGGAAGAGAGGAAGGAAGAAGAAGAGGAAGAACCAAUGAACUCCCAGUCUGCUUUGGAGAUACCAAUCUUUACAGAAGAGUUCCUUAACCAUAAUAAAGCAAGAGAAGCGGAAUUACGCCAGCUUCGUAAAUCAAACACAGAUUACGAAGAACAGAAUGCUAUCCUGCAGAAGCAUAUUGAGAGCAUGAAAUCUACAGUAGAGAAACUUGAGAAUGAGACCAGCCAACAACGCAGUAACAAUGCUGCACUUCAGCAGCAUAUAGAGACCCUCAGACAAACCCUCACCAAAGCGUUCAAAGCACUUCCACUACCUGGAACUCAAGAAGUACCUACAGAGGACAGCAUUGACAGUUACAUGGUCCAGCUUCAUUCUCUGAUCGUUAACAACCCACAACAAUACCAGAGUCUAAUACAAACAGUUCGGGGCAUUGUCAGUCAGCUUGCCCUUACCUGAUAAAAAUGUCUAUUUUUAUUGCACCCUGAGUGAUACUGAUAUCAUCAACAUUCUUCAUAUGAUGUAAUAUGAAUUACUGUGCAUGAUAUUACACAAUAGAUUUUAAUAACCUCGUACCUGACUAUAUUGCUUUAAAUGGACAAUGCUUAAAAAAAAAAAGGAAAAAAAAUUGAUGUUGCAAUAAGUCCAGUCAUUGAGAUUAUGUGUUGCUCUUCAGCAGAAGUCACAGUCAAAGCAAGAUGUACCAGUAUUUCAGCACUGUAAGGAAAGAGCAUUGUUAAGUCUUCAGUUUGAUUUUUUUUUCUAUUGAUGAAAAAGAACAGAUGAGGGAAAGACACGUGAUUACGUAAAAAAAAAGGAUUCAAUUCUAUAUUUAUUCAGAUCAUGCCUGUUAUACCAACCUAAUUUUCAUAUAGAGUUUGUGAUUUGUCUUUCUUACAUAUUUUUCUAGUUCAUACUGUGGAUCUGUUUAAUUUGUACAUGCACCGAGGAAUUUGGUCAUGAAAAAAAUUGAUUUGUAAUCUUGAAGGUUUCCUAUUACUGUCUUUUAACAACCAAGCAAAACAAAUACUAUUUUCUGUUCCUUAAUUUUGCAUUCAAAGCAGAUAUUAGUAGGUCAUAUAUGCAGUACAGUUCAGAAAUGCUAUAUGCUUUUGCUUUCUGUUUUGGCAAACCACUAUUCAUAACAUAUCCCAAAUGAAUUAUCAUUUCCAUAUACCUUCCAAAAAUUGCAAGGUGUAGAUAGGCACUGUUAUCUCAUACACUGUUCAAAUGAAGAAUAAAACUGAUCAUAAAGAAA